AAAGGGCGAAAAUGAAUUGAAAAUAAUUUAGCAGUUUGGUUUAAUGAAGAAACGGAUAGUAUACAAAUACAGACAUCAAACGCCUUUGGCCAUGUAACAUUCUCUCGGAAUAAAAGGACGUCUCAAAUAUGGCGUGAUUUUAUUUCUCGCUGUUUACAGUAUAUAGUCCUGAGCCUUUAUGCGCGAUGCUUCUUCUAUCCCAUAGAGCUGAUCGAAUACCAUUGGAAUACACAUAUAAUGGUACGGAACGAGCUGUACCAUUCAGAGAGGGAGCGAUUGCCCUAACGACUAGCGAUUCUUUUACUAGUAGUUUAUAGCGAUGUUUCUCCCGUACUACUAUUUCAAAAUUCAUGUUUUAAUAAUAAAAGUUUUCUAUUUAUUAUAAAUAAACUCUUAAUUAUGUAUAAUCAGGUUAAGGGUGUUGCAGCCGCAAUUGCACUUAAGUUCUUAUUUUUAUUGUUGCCUUUAACAGUAACAAUGUUAUUAGUAGAGGCAAAAUAUGCUCAAGACAAGCCGGUACCGGUAGGAAGCAAAGUAUUAUCAGAUCUGUUUGGCGGCUAUAGUCCUGAUACAUUCACUAGAAAACAUUUUGAUCAACUAGCUGCGCUAACUGGUCAUCGACCAGCGAUAAUGGGUUGUGAUUAUGCUUGUGGUUGGAAUAACAAUAAUAAUCCGGAAAACAUCAUUGAUUUUUCUUGCAAUCCAUCGUUAAAAAAUCAUUGGAGUAAAGGUGGUUUUGUAACAGUGAACAUGCAUUUGCCGAAUCCAGUUUUUUUCAAUGGGGGUGGAUUCAACAAUCGAGGAAAUUUGAAUUUCAAUGAUUUAACUCAACCACAAACAUCAAAUCUUUAUAUUUAUGUCACAUCCGACUGA